CAUUAAAGCUUCUUCUUCAACACCCCAAGAAAAACGGUUGGCCAAGAAUGAGAGUGUUGGUGAUCCUUUGUUCAUCUUCAUCCUCCAUUACCAAUCCUCCAAAGCCCUCCACCACACCUUCCCACCACCACAAACAAUUCAAGCCCUCUUCUUCCCACUCCUCCAAGCUCUCUCCCACCAAACUACCCUCUUCGCCUACUCCUUCUCCAUUUUCGAUUCUUCAUUCUCGUUCUGCUCCUCUGUCUACUGUUCGAUGGGACACCAAAAAAACCCAUGUUUCCUACCUCGCCAACAUCGCUUCGAAGCUCGUCCGAGAUGGGAAGCUUCAAGAUUUCGCAAUGCUUGUGGAGAGUGUUGUGGUUUCGGGCGUCGAGCCCACUCAGUUUACUGCAGAGCUGAGUGUGGAUCUCAUUGCAAAGGGGAUUUCGGGGUUUCUUCGAGACGGGAAAGGUCGGAGGAGUGUCAUCGAGGUUCUCAGGAAAGUAGAUGAGCUUGGGGUUCCUCCGUUGAAGCUCUUUGAUGGGUCCGCAAUGGAAUUGCUGGUAAAGGAGUGUCGCCGGAUUUUGAAAUGUGGGGAGGUCGAGGAAUUUGUUGAGCUUAUGGAAAUUCUUGCUGGUUUUCAUUUCCCAAUCAACGAAGUGAUGAAGACAUCUGAUGUUAUCAAAAUUUGCGCUCGAAAAAGUAACCCCAAUAUGGCUAUAAGGUAUGCUUGUCUUCUGCCGCAUGCGAAUAUUAUAUUCUGCGACAUCAUAUAUGAAUUUGGAAAGAGAGGGGAUUUGGCGUCUGCUUUGACAGUGUAUGAAGCAUCCAAGAAGAACUUGAGCAGUACCAACAUGUAUAUCUACCGCACGGCAAUUGAUGUUUGUGGAAGUUGUGGUGACUACCUGAAAUCUAGGCAUAUUUAUGAGGACAUGAUCAAGGAGAAGGUCACUCCUAAUACUUAUGUCUUAAACAGUCUCAUGAAUGUGAAUGCCCAUGAUCUGAACUACACGUUUCAUGUGUACAAGAAUAUGCAAAAACUACGUGUCAAAGCAGAUAUGGCAUCUUAUAACAUCCUUUUGAAGGCGUGCUGUAUUGCUGGCAGAGUUGAUUUGGCACAAGAAAUUUAUAGGGAAGUACAAGAGUUGGAAUCAUCAGGAGUGUUGAAGUUGGACGUUUUCACAUAUAGCACUAUAGUAAAGGUUCUUGCAGAUGCAAAAUUAUGGCAAAUGGCUUUGGAAGUCAAAAAAGACAUGCUAUCAGCCGGUGUAACUCCAAACACUAUUACGUGGUCAUCAUUGAUCAAUGCCUGUGCUAAUGCAGGUCUUGUGGAGAAGGCAAUCCAAUUAUUCGAGGAGAUGCUUCUAGCAGGCUGUGAACCUAACUCACAGUGUUGCAACAUCCUUCUACAUGCUUGUGUUGAGGCUUGCCAGUAUGACAGGGCUUUUCGCCUUUUCCAGGCUUGGAAGGGAAAUAAAGCCGAGAAGACAUUUGGCAAAGAUGACAAAGGAAAUAUAAAUGGCAAUUCAAGUGCAGCAAAUGCUUGUGGAAGGCGUGUUACUAGCAUGUCUCAUUUUUCAUCUAAUUUACAUAAUUUAUACUAUUCUAAAGGGUUUGUUUUUACACCAACAACGACAACAUACAACACCUUAAUGAAGGCAUGUGGUACCGAUUACUACCGUGCAAAAGUUUUGAUGGAUGAGAUGAAAACAGUCGGUCUUUUUCCUAAUCAAAUAAGCUGGUCAAUUUUGAUUGAUCUUUGUGGAGGCUCAGGCAAUGUUGAGGGUGCCCUGCAGAUUUUGAGAAGCAUGCGUGCAGAUGGAGUUGAACCUGAUGUUGUUGCAUAUACAACAGUCAUAAAGGUUUGUGUGGAAUGUAAAGAUUUGAAGUUAGCAUUCUCAUUAUUUGAAGAAAUGAAAAGAUAUCAGAUACAGCCAAAUCUGGUGACAUAUAAUACACUUUUAAGGGCCAGGAGUAGAUAUGGUUCUUUGCAUGAAGUUCAGCAAUGCUUGGCUGUAUAUCAGGACAUGCGAAGAGCAGGGUACAAAUCUAAUGAUUAUUAUCUCAAGCAACUAAUUGAGGAGUGGUGUGAGGGAGUUACACAGGACAACAAUCAGAACCAAGGAGAGUUGAGUCCUUGCAUUAAAACUGACUCAGGGAGACCUCAGAGUUUGCUGCUUGAGAAAGUAGCAGAACACUUACUAAAGCGUAUUGCUGAAAGCCUAGCAAUUGACCUUCGGGGACUUACAAAGGUUGAAGCUCGGAUUGUUGUUCUUGCGGUUCUGCAAAUGGUAAAAGAGAACUAUAGUCUAGGACAUCCAGUAAAAGAAGACAUGCUGAUCAUCUUAGGAACCAGCAAGAUUAAUGCAGAAAUAGAUAAACGCAAAUUAGAGGUGAAAGAUGCAAUAACUAAACUUUUGCAGGAUGAAUUGGGGCUAGAGGUUCGUCCAAUGGGUUCUAAAAUUGCACUUGACAAACAUAUUGAUAAAGAGAAUUCUGUUGAUUUGAGCCCAAAAUCUAAAGACAAAUUGGCAAGAAAUGGAUUAGCAAAUGAGUAUAAACAUUCAACCAGAAGACCUGUGGUUAUACAGAGGUUAAGGGUCACAGGUGAAUCAUUGAACCAUUGGCUGCAGAGAAGAAGUGCUAUUAGACAGUGAUGUACAUUAUAUAUCAUUACCAUAUUGUAUAUGAUGAAUCUGGUAUAUCUUUUAAUCCUCGACUCUAGCAAGCAACAAGUCAUUGUAGUAUUAUACCGCCAUUGCCCCCUACAAUCAUAUACAAAAUCUAAUGUAACUUGUACAUCAAUAAAAUUAAAUACCAUCUCUUCUCACAUUCAUUUAGUAA